AUGGAAUUCAAUGACGACGACGCCUCUUUAGCCUUGGCGCUAAAGUUGCAAGAAGAAGAAAAUAAUUCAUCGAACCAACUUUCAAAUGUCCCCGAAAACAAACUUGCACGCGACCUCGAUUCUUCUGACCCGAAUCCCGAUCUCCACAGUUUAUUUAUUGCCUUUGACCGGCAAUAUUUUUGGGGUAGUCUGCAAAGCGUGGAA